GGGUGGUAUUGGCCAAUGUGUAUAUGGUUUGUCCGAUGCCAAUGACUUGCCAUUCAUUUUUGUCCAAUACAGGGGGGUAUUCCCUUACAUGUAUUGUCUAUGGCACAGCAAAUGAGAUGGGGCCGUGUUUUGUGAAAGUUUAUAGGCAACUUUUUUAAUAAAAAAAAAUGACGUUGCGUUUUAAAACAGUGUUUUUUUCUGGAUCACACACUUUUCAUAGAUGGAUAUUUUGGGUAUAUAUGGACUGAUUUUAAUCGAAAAAAAGACCCAAUAGUGAUGUUUAUGGGACAUAUAGGAGCGCCAACAAAGAAGCUCGUCAAAGUCUCGGGAGAGGCAAAGGUGGAGAGCCAUGCGUCCUCCGAAACACGACCCUGCCAAGCCGCACUGCUUCUUGACAAACUGCUAGCUUAACCCGGAAGCCAGCCACACCAAUGUGUCGAAGGAAACACCGUACACCUGGCGACUGAAGUCUUCUUGCAGGUGCCCGGCCCGCCACAAGGAGUCGCUAGGACAAGGAAAUCCGGCCAGACAAACCUUCCCCUAACCUGGACGACUCUGGGCAUAUUGUACACCACCUCAUGGGUCUCCCGGUCACGGCAGGCUGUGACACAGCCUAGGAUCGAACCCGGAUAUAUGGAGGAUGGGAAGACUGCUUCAGCUACUGAUAUUGGCUUUGAUUCUAUUGAUCUGCAUUUAUCUUUUAUUUGUAUGUCAAUUCAACCAGUGCCUGUUGAAUGUGUCACCAUCCAAUCAUCUCAAAUACAACCACACUCGCUUCACAAGUUGUAGUGGAAUCACCAACAGGACAUUUGCACCAACCAAUGACUCCUUAAUAAGUAAAGAGGAAUGGGAAUCUCUGCUCAAAGAGCUACAAUGGUCAUUACCGCCUGUUGUCCCCUUAUCCAUAGAUGAGGCCACAAACCCCACUAAGUGCUCAUUCUCUGUCAACCCCAAUUCAAACUACACAGUUGGAGGGUUUAUAGAUGUGAUUUUGAUAGCUAGAGAUACUAAAAACAGGAUCAAAACCUAUGGAGGGGACUUUUUUCAGGCCAAGCUGUUUAACUCAGAACUUAAGGCCAGUACUUAUGGAGCUGUAACAGACCACUUUAAUGGCACCUACACUGCCCGUCUGGCCCUGCAUUGGCCCGGACCUGCCAAGGUGUCCAUCCGCCUAGUGCACUCUAGCGAGGCCGUGCAGGUACUGUGUAGGCAAAGGGAACAGGACCCAGAUAAGGUCUACUUCCAUGGCUACUUUGAGGAGGGUGGCAAGCAGGAAACGGUGAUGUGCAAUGCCCAGAGAAGUCCUAGGCUGGUGGGGAACGAGUCACAGUGUUGCUGUGAGUACAGAGAGCCAGUCACUGGGGAGACCUGGUUCUGUCGUCGGCCAUCUUCCCUGCCUUGCCAUGCUUUGACCUACCACAGCAUGGGCGGUUACCAGGCAGUACUCUCCAAGGUGGAGAUGACCCUUCUAAAGAGUUCCACGAACAUUAUUGUACCAGGUGACAAUUCAGCUAUCGAUGUCCAGCAACAGGACACUGAAAUCCGAUCACAAACAAAAUGCCGUCCUGGUUUGCACACCUCAGUACCAGCUGGAUUCUACCUCCAGGAUCACUGGACAUCCCUGGUGUGUGACUCAAAAUCCUUUCCCUCAGCUAAACUGAUAUCUGGAUGCCUGAAGGACAAACAGAUCCUUAUGAUGGGUGACUCCACUCUCCGUCAGUGGUUCGACUACCUGGAGAAAACUGUGCCAACAUUGAAACGCCUGAACCUUCACACAUCAAGCAAAUCGGGCCCCUUUGAGGCAGUCGACACCCAGUCCAACACCCGUAUUAUCUGGCGGGCCCAUGGGAUACCUAUACGGACAAGCAAGACCCCCUGGGCUGACCUUCACUACAUCGCCAGGGAGUUGGAGGAUAUGGCAGGGGGUGCACACUCUGUAGUCGUCUUCACCAUCUGGGCUCAUUUCACCACGUACCCACUGGCUAUGUACGCACACCGUCUGGUCGUCGUCCGUAGGGCUGUGGCAUCGCUCCUAAGACGAUCUCCCACUACUCUGGUAGUGAUCAAGUCAGCUAACACGGGCUACAAGGAUGUGUAUGGCAGCGACUGGCUCUCCUGGCAGCUCGACAUGGCACUCAGGGAAAUAUUCAAGGACUUGCCUCUGGUCCUCAUCGACGUUUGGCAGAUGACCUCCUGCCACUAUUCUCCGGACAACAUUCACCCGCCCUCUGUGGUGAUCCAAAAUGAAGUGGAUCUCUUCUUGUCCUUUGUUUGUCCACAGUGAAAAAUGUUGUAGUCAUGCCUGUAAUAACAUUGUGCCUUACUGUAUACAAAAUGCUGUCUCCGAAAGGAUUCUGCUGUCACGUUCUGACCUUUAUUUCCUUUGUUUUGUAUUUAAUUAGUAUGGUCAGGGCGUGAGUUGGGUGAGAAUCAUACUUAGGUAGCCUGGGUUUCGCUGUUUGUGGGUGAUUGUUCCUGUCUUUGUGUUUGCACCAGAUAGGGCUGUUUUGAGUUCUCACGUUUAUUGUUUUCGUUAGUUUAUUCAUGUAUAGUUUUUUCUUCAUUAAACAAACAUGAAUCAUCAUCACGCUG